AGAUGGUGCCACAGGUACUUGUGGGCUCAGGGAGGCAGUCGUGAAAGGCAGACAGUAGGGGGGAUAUGGCUGGCGUGUAUGUACAUUGUGAUGCGCCCAUGGCCAUGCUGUAACACUAUCUCUUCUGUAGAAUACAACAUGCUGCCAGCAACGGAAGUCGUGGGCAUACUUCGGUGGCUUCUGGCCGUUGCGGUUCUUGCUUCAAUCAAUUGGCCCCACUUUACCCUCUUAGUCCCGCUGGGACAAGCCACCAAUCCCAGCCACAGCUGUUGAUAGCCACAUUCGGUUCCCCAAUCCUUGGCAUGCCCUAACGCUCCACAACCGAGACCACCAAAAAGUUCGGUUUCUGCUGGCCCGCGAUACCUGCUUCCUUGAAACCCCUCGUCCCGACAUUCCAGCUCAGCAACCGCCAGCAACAGCAGCAGCAAAGCCGUCAAGAUGGGUCGCGUUCGUACCAAGACCGUCAAGAAGUCCGCCAAGGUCAUCAUUGAGCGGUACUACCCCCGGCUGACGCUCGACUUCGAGACCAAUAAGCGGGUGUGCGAUGAGAUUGCCAUCAUCGCGUCGAAGCGGCUGCGCAACAAGAUUGCCGGCUACACCACCCACUUGAUGAAGCGCAUUCAGCGCGGUCCCGUCCGCGGUAUCUCCUUCAAGCUGCAGGAGGAGGAGCGUGAGCGCAAGGAUCAAUACGUCCCCGAGGUGUCGGCUCUCGACUUCUCCGAGGCCGGCCAGCUCGACGUCGAUACCGAGACCAAGGACUUGCUCAAGCACCUUGGUUUCGACUCGAUCCCCGUCAACGUCAUCCCCGUCACCCAGAACCCCGUCGUCGAGCGCGGCGGUCGGCGGUUCGGCGACCGCCCUCCUCGUCGCGACUAAAUGUGCUGAUUUCUGCAAUAUUCUGGCUGGUUUUAUUGGGGGGAACACUGCAAACACACCAA